GUAGGUUUGUUAUAAAUGGUGUUGUUCAAAAGACUAAGUGUACCUUUGUGUGUCUUCCUACAGGUGGCCUACCUGGGUAAGGUGACUAUUUCUGGGACUCAGUUCCUGUCCGGCUGCACCGAGUCCGCGGUGGUGGGUCUGGUGGAGCAGCACGGCCAGCAGCAGUGUAACUCUCUGCUGGAGAUCCGGCCCUUCCAGGUGCGUCUCCACCACCUGGACGGGCACGGCGAGGCCUCGGUAACCAUGGACACCUACCAGGUGGCGCGGAUCGCCUACUGCACGGCGGACCACAGCGUCAGACCCAACGUGUUCGCCUGGAUCUACCGGGAGAUCAACGACGACCUCACCUUCCAGAUGGACUGCCACGCCGUGCAGUGCGAGAGCAAGCUGGAGGCCAAGAAGCUGGCGCACUCGAUGAUGGAGGCUUUCCGCAAGACUUUCCACAGCAUGCGCAGCGACGGACGCAUCCACAAGAGCGGCUCGUCGGACGACUUUGCCGAGGACUCGUCCUCCCCUGAAGACUCGACCCCGGACGACGGUUGAUCGAAAACUCGCCUGAUUUCCUGAGGCCCAUCCUAACAGAGUGGAUGGAUGGACAGAUUACCUUCUCUCUCAUCUCCCCCCUACUGUUUCUUUCUGUUAUCAAUUUGGAACAAUAUCAACCGACCCUGUGAACCAACACGCACAGGAUAGUGAAGUUUGGCAAUGGAAGGUAGAGUUACAAGGAGUUACAAAAGACCUACAUUUACACACAGGGAUAGCAAAGUGCUGCCACUUUGAGUAAACGGUCCUCGAAGACCUAACGGGGGGCUUCAAGGACCUUUGCAAACGCCCUCAAGAGAUUCACUCGACGUUUCCAUCUACAUCUUCAAACCACUGUUACUCUUGCACUCAGCAGAGACUCUGUGUGUGGUUCUUAAGCUUUUUCACCCAGGAAACAACAACAAACUUUUAUUCCCUGUUCUUCUGACCCCAGAUCUAUUGCUACUCUUGCCAUGUAGGGACCUCCACAGAAAUAGGCGUGUUACCUAUUUCGAGGUCCCAACCCAGAGUUUAUGAGACUAUUGGAGCACAUAAAUUCUUUAAAUGUUGAAUCUCUGUUACAAUGCCUUCGACCUUGGUAAAAGCAAAUGAGGAUGUGAAAGAAAGGAAAAGCCUUUAAGCACUAUAACUAUCAUGGUACCCUACCCAACAUUUCUUAAUUUUAACACGAUGGAGACACAGCUUCUACCACUGUGUCAUUUUAAAGGUACUUAUAGAUCCAGCACCUUUUUUAGAAAAUAGGUGCUAGAGACUGUAUAUUUUACAUUUGAGAAGUAAUCACAGGCCUGUCUCCCUAAUCAGUUCCUUUUUUGAGUAUACCAAAAUUCAGGCUGGAUUUCUCCUCUCAGAUUAUGUGCCUCACUUUCCUCUCACAUUAGUUUGGUCUCUUACCCAGGUCCUUGUGUGUAUGUGUGCGUGCCAAACAAUUUGUCCGUGUGUAAUUGCUUCUGUACUUAGUGUAUAUGAAUGUACAUGUGAGUGCUUGCAUCUCUGUGUCUGAAAGAUAGGGGGAGGAUACGAAUGAUUACCUGGAAGACUUCUCAAGCAUCCGUUUUUGAUGCGUUUAAAAAAAAUCAAGACAUGGUACUGUGACCAUUUGCCACGUUUUCUUACUUUUAUCUCGUAUGAAAUGAGUCUAAAUGUGCCAGUCGCUAAAAACACAGCCGUCCAACGUAACGACUGAUGGCCUCUGCUGAAUGUACGAUGAGUCCAACGUGCUGUGAGCGCCUCCCGCCAUCACUUCAGUGUCCCAUAAUGUCCUCAUGCUAUCACAGAAACUCUGUACAGGGCAGUAGGUGACCAGUGUCCCUCUGCUGCCCUGCAACGAUGUACCAAUGUGGGGCAAAAACUCAUCAGAACCCCUUCCUCUUCUUUUCUAACGGGACUGUAUUGGACGCUAUCAGUGGAAAAAGCCUUCGGUCAAACUCACUCAGAAAGAUCAGGUGGCUCUGGUCAACACACACACAUACAUAUACACACCUACAUACGAUUAUACACACACAUUGUAAUUGAGUCUUGCUCAAUAAGCUUAUGUAAAUAAAUACACAUUUAUCACUUUCCAAAUAUUACAGCAUAAAUGUUGAUAGCUAUUUUAAAUAAUACAAAAAGAUGUUGAGAACCAUCAUACGAUACAGAAACAGUGUUAUAAAACCUACUGUGAAUAAUAAGUGGAGAGCCUGAUCGCGGUGGCUGUGCGCGUGUGUGUAAGUGUGUGAAGGUGAGGGGUGUGUAUGGACAGGCCAGAGGGGGGGCGAAUGUUUAUAAGGCUGUAGAUUACUGUGUCAUGUCUGUCUGAGAGCUCAGACGCGCUUUACAUGUUUGAAAAAUGUUACCUUAAGUGUUUUAUAUACAGUGUUUGCAAAGAUCAAGAAACAAUUGCAUAUAAAGUAUUUACCAAGAACCAAG